CUGUAACAAGACUUUUUCUUCAUGUUAACCUACGUAUUUUUUCCCCCGCUAAACAACAAACACUGUGUUGCUAAUGAAAUAUAUUUUCAAGUCUUGACGAGUACAUUUUGGUUUCUCAUAUGAAGAAAGCAAUGAGAACCCGCUCAAGUUCUCCUCCAAUUCAUGUGCAUGUCAACGACACCACACCGGUCCACGUGCACGUGAAGAGCCAUAGGACAAGUCCUGCCAGAACGCCUCAGGGGAAGACCAAAGUGGACAAAGGAAACCUCCGUCCUACAGCCAAGGUCAAAACUCGAGUGCCGUGGAUUCCACCAGGAAAGGCCUCCAUACGGGACGCUUCAUACAAGUGGGAGGGGCCAACGCAUCGGCUGGAGAUCACACCACCGCUCCCCGAACCAGAACCCGAACAGUCUGCGUUACGACUGGCUGACCUUACAUCAGAAGAAGAGGAAGGGCUGCACGGAAGAAUCAGCCAGUAUGAGAGGAAGAUUGACAGCUUACUGACUGAAGUCAGCUCUCUGAAGAAUGAGGUGGAACUGCGGAAAAGGGAGCAGCUGCUGGAGCGUCAGUCGGAGCAGCUGAGCGUCUCCCAGCGGGUGAUCGCAGAGCAGGAGGAGGAGAUCGCUGAGGUGACCAAGGAGCUGGAAGAGACGGAGCGGGAGAACACGCGGUUACGCCAGUCCAUGGAGAAGAUGCUGGAGGAGACCGACUACAGCAGACUAGACAGGGACAGCUCUCAACAAGAUAAAGAGGCUCUGCUCAGGAAACUGAUGGAGGCUGAGGUGGACGGGACGGCAGCUGCCAAGCAAGUCUCGGCCCUGCGAGAGUCUGUUUCCAAACUGUGCAGUGCCAGUAGGCUGUCUGGCUCCGAGUCUUCGGUCUUGGCCCGUCAGAAGGAGCUGUUGCUGCAGAAAUUGGAGACGUUUGAGGCCACAAACCGAACACUGCGGCACCUUCUCAGAGAGCAGCAUGGAUCCCAGAUGGACUCCAUUCGACUGUCAGAGCAGAGGAACACAUUACUGAAGAGACUGGCAGAGACAGAGGCAGAAAACGCUCAUCUUGUGGUGAAACUUCAGGAGAAAGACAAAGAGGUCAAUGAACUCUCCACACUGUUAGAUACCGAGAAGGAAAAUGCUAUGAGCACAGCUGAUUUGUCCAAGAGUCUGGAGUCAACAAGAGCUCAUUUACAAGGACAGCUCCGCAGCAAAGAAGCUGAGAACAACCGGCUCACUGUGCAGAUAAAGAACCUGGAGCGAGCAGCCAACCAGCAGAAGGUGGAGUCGGAUCACCUGAGGGAGCAGCUGACGAGGCUGAAGCAGCAGGCCGGAGCAGACCGAGAGUCUCUGAAACGAGCCACGCGAGCCCAGAAGCAGCGAGCGGAGCGCAGUGAGGACACCGCAGGCCAGCUGAGCGCCCAGCUGCUGGACAUGGAGAAGCAGGUGGAAGACGCGCUGUCGGCAGCCGAGGCCUGGCAGAGCCGCCAUGCCCUAGAGGCGAAAGACAAGAGUAAACUGGAGAUUGAACUGUCGCUGUUGAACAGUCGCAUAGCAGAGCUGACGGAGCAGCUGCAGAGCACAGAGGAGAAAGGCAGACUGGAGAGAGAAGCCCUGCUGGACCGCCUGCAUGGACUGACCACAGAGAGUACUGCUGCCAAACUGGAGAACCAGUCCCUCAAGGCCGCAGCAUCUGCUGUGGAGGAGAAGCUGACCAUGUCUCAGUCAGAGCUUCAGCAGGUCAAAGCUUCCAUCAAGCAAUAUGAAAGCCUGCUGGACAGCUACAAGAUCCAGAUGGGAAAAACGAGGGCCGAGGCAGAUGAGUACGGCGCGCGGCUGGCUCAGGCGGAGCUGGAGGCCCAGGCCGUGCGGGGAAAGCUGGAACAGGAGAUAGAGGAGGUGCGCAGGGAGCUGCUGGGGCGGCUGGCGGAGCUGGAGCCUCUUCCCGAAGCCUUACGACAUGCCGAGCUGCAGCUGCAGGAGGCUCAGGACAGGGAGCGCAGCCAGGAGCGACGCAGCGUGGAGCUCAGCACGACCCUGGCUGAACUCCGCAUGAAGGUGGAGACCCAGGGCAGCCAAAUGGAGCUCUUCAGACAAAAGAACAAGGUGCUGUUGGAAGAGAACCGGCAGCUUCAGCAGCGAGUGGAGAGUUUGGAAAGGAAGCUGGAGGAGGCUAGCAGCCAGAACAGCGACCUGCUGGCGGUCAUUGCCAAACGCGAGGACACCAUCCACAGCAAUCAGCUCCGCCUGGAGGAGAAGACAAGGGAAUGUUCCCUGCUGAGCCGAAAGCUGGAGGAGGCUCUGGAUGAUGCUCGCAAGCAGAUGUCAGAGACCAGAGAACGUGCUACCACCAAAGAACGCUCCACCCAGGCCAAGAUAUUGGACUUAGAGACCCAACUCAGCAGGACCACCUCAGAAAUCAACCAGCUGCGACGCAGCAAAGAGGAGGUGGAGCGGCGAUAUCAGAGCCGACUGCAGGACAUGAAGGACCGCCUGGAGCAGUCAGACAGCACCAACCGAAGCCUGCAAAACUACGUCCAGUUCCUCAAAGCAUCCUACACCAAUGUAUUUGGAGAUUUGCCCCUCAGCAGCUCUCUGCGGGCCCCCUCUCCCAUCUGAUAGCCCGUCUAUCAGAGGUAUAUUAUUGUACUGUACACACACAUUCCAAAAUAGUACUUCAGCUGGGGUUUGUUACUUUUACUCACAGGCAUUUCUACCCUUAUAUGAAGAAUUUACGAGUUAAAAAAGCUACAGAGAGGAGUUGAGAGGUUCACAAGUUAUCAAGCAUAAAGCAUAUCAUGACACUGAUGUGUUAGAUGGGCGUGGUGAUAAAGGAUGUGCAAUGCAAAAUGUGCAAACUCGGUGAACUGUGUGCAGAGUCUCACCUCUCAUUUGAAUGCUGAAAACAAAAAAAAAUGCUCAUCUGGGUAUUUUUGCUAUGCAAAAUGAGUCAUGACACAGUGAACUCAUUCAAAGACAAAGCAAUGUUUGGUGUUGAAGACAUUUUAGUUUUGUUUUUUUUUUUCUAAUAUUUUCUAUGAUUUCAGCAGAAUUCCUUGUCUGACCAAACAUCUAACACCUAAUAUCCUCAUGUGUAGUUCCAGUAUCAACGGUUAGUUUUUUUUAUGUUAGUGCCUUGUAGCAGUUCAGACUGAAUGUUGUCUUCAGAAAGGUAUGAUUGGAUAUCAAAGUGAAGUUUGUAUUAAAUUUUCUCUAUGUGGUCUAGCCAAGCCUUGCUUUGUCAUGACACCAGGUAAUAUAUCUGUUACCAGAAGAAAAAGAGUUAUAAUGUGUAUUUUAUUUGUACCGCUAUAUACAAAAACUAUUGGUUUAUUUUUCACAUUUGUAACAACUUUGUGGCCAAGUUAGCCAUGACACAUUAUGUGUUUAAAUCUAUCUGUGCUCUUUGAUAUGGAGCUGAAAACAUUGGUGCUAUCAUUGUCAUUUGGCUGGUACAAGACAGUGUGUGUGUCAAAACAAAGAUUUUGGGUUUACAUUCUCACAUACACUGUUAGUCGAAUCAGUAGCUGUUAAUCCUCAUGAUUUAUUUUUCCUAACUGUUUUAUAGAGCAUAUUUAAUAGCUGAAUAAUUUAUAUCUACUGUGGAAAACUUUAAAGCAAUAAAACUUUUUUUUCACCUUGAAUCAAAGUGACUGAAAAUUUGUGGUGUAUGUGUCAUUUUCUUAGCUCAGCUCCGUUGUCCCAU